UAUUCAAAGCGUGUAUUUAUUUGAUCACCAAAACUGAAGGCGGUGGGUGGUUGUAUUCUAUUCCUCACUCCUUUGUUUGAUCAUGCCGCCAAUCUCUUUAUCCAGGCUCGGUAGCUCACUCCCCUUCUCCAGAUUAUUCAGGCAGGCUGAGCAGGAGAUGGAGACUGUGGUGAAAGUACUUCAACCCGGACCUUUGGGAAUCGUGGAGCACAAAUUUUCCGCUGUGGAGAUCGAGAAAGCAAACGCUACAGUUAAGAGAGCAGUAGAGAAUUGGAAAAGGAUUGCAAUCAUAGAAAGGAAUCGACCCAUCUUGAAAGAUUAUAUUAAUUAACCACAUACUCUUUGUUAAUACUUUCUUUGAAAUACUUUUCUGAUGCCAGUAAUAAUUUUGUACAAUAGUAAGCUCUCACAACCCUUCAUUGUGGCUAUAGGUGAUCUUGCCAGCAAUGAUCUGUUGUCUGUUGAUGUAUGACUUUAUUCUCCUUUUUAUAUGAUUUUUCGUGAUGUGCGACACGUCUUUUUUAGUUA